AUGGCUUCCGCACCAGAUGCUGCGACUGAGCGGCAUCCUCUUUCUGAUGAUUCGAACGGAAGCUCAUACCAAAACAAGACUUCCAAUGAGACAUCAAAGAAAGGUGAAGAACAAACAACACCUGAAUCCUCCGACCAUCAACCAGAAACGAGAGCGGUGACGGGAUGGAGAUGGAUUCUAGUCUGUUUCGGCCUCUACUGUGCUAUCUUCCUAUACGGGCUCGAUAAUACAAUCGCGGCAGAUAUCCAAAGUGCUGUUUUGGACACUUACGGAGAGGUAGGGCAGUUUGCUUGGAUCGGAACUGGCUUCCCCUUGGGAUCUGUCGCCACGAUCUUGCUUUUUGGAAAAGCCUACGGGAUGUUUGACGUCAAAUGGGUUCAUCUUGGAAGUAUUGUCGUGUUCUGCGUCGGUAGUGCUGUUUGUGGUGCCGCUCCGAACAUGAACGCCCUCAUUGUUGGACGAGUCAUUGCUGGUGUCGGUGGUGCUGGAUUAUACCUCGGCAUGUUGAACCUUAUCGCCAUCAAUACCCUGGAAAACGAACGACCUGCUUACAUGGGUGGCACUGGUGUGAUCUGGGGAGCUGGAACAAUCCUGGGACCUGUCAUUGGAGGUGCGUUUGCCGAUUCGAGUGCCACAUGGAGAUGGGCUUUUUACAUCAAUCUCGUCAUCUUUGGUGUUUUAUCGCCAGGUCUCCUUUCUAUCCCAAGCUUUAACCCUCAACCAAAUGUUUCGACACUCACAAAACUGAAGGAGCUUGACUGGGUCGGAGUAACUCUCAUUGCAGGACUAUACUCCUCGUUCGUCAUUGCACUCACAUUCGGAGGUGUCUCGUGGGAAUGGAGUGAUGGACGGACAAUUGCAACCUUGGUUGUUUGUGGUGUCAUCCUUCUCCUCUUCAUGGCCCAGCAGUACUUCGCGAUCCUCACCACUCCCGAGCGUCGGUUGUUCCCAAUCCAGUUCAUCACUUCUCGGACCAUGGUCAUAUUGCACAUGUGCACGGCAUGCGGAUCAACUGCUAUGUUCGUCGUCAUUUACUACAUUCCUCUCAUGUUCCAGUUCUCGCAUGGUGACAACGGAAUUGAAUCCGCAGUACGACUGUUGCCAUUUAUAAUCGUACUCAGCGUUUUCAUUAUGGGAUCUGGUCAAUUCUUGGGAUUCCUGGGAUACUACAUCGCCCUUUACCUCAUUGGUGGAGCAUUCCUACUCGUCGGUGCCUCACUCAUGUACACCGUCAAAGCCGGUACCACCGUUGGCGCCAUCUACGGCUUCUCAGUCUUGAUCGCCAUCGGCGCUGGAUUGAUCGCCCAGAUAGGCUACAGUGUGGCACCAUCCAAGGUCCCACCACAAGACAUGGCAGCAUCAAUCGGGUUUAUCAACGUCGCUCAAAUCGGAGGUUUGGUCAUCGCCCUUGCUAUCUCUGGCACUGUAUUCCAGAACGUCACUAUCAACCAUUUGAGCAAGCUUCUUACUCCUUUGGGAUUCUCCAUGGACCAGAUCAAAGGUGCUGUCGCAGGUUCUCAGAGCACUUUGUUCAACAGUUUGUCAAGUGAUGUUCGAGGCCAGGCAAUUGAGCUCAUUGUUGACUCUAUUAGUCACAUUUAUGCUCUGGUGAUUGCUGCAGGAGCAUUAUGUUUUCUGAUGGGGGCUCUCUUGAAGAGAGAAAGACUAUUUGGAGCCACGGCCGUUGCAGCUGCUUAA